ACAAAUAGUUGUUAACAUAAAGUCCAAUCGAAUUUUCUUAUAUGUGAUUUUUGAGAAAAUUGAUUUGCUAUUUAAGGUCCUUUGCUGGUCGAGGUUUGCAACGUUGUGUGGUAUACGGUUAUUUUUUCUUUUCUUUUAUAUAAUGUCUCAGUCGGUACAGGUGUACGUUAUGAACGAGAAGGAAGGAAGCCGUGAGUUUAAAAAACACAAACAUGAAAAUGUUCCACGAUCACAAAGAAAGGAAGAAAAAGGAAGCGGUGUUGGCUCAUCUUCAUCUAUGGUCAUUGCUUUUAAAUCAUUUCAACAUGAACUUGAUACUAAACAUGAUAAGUAUGAACGCCUGGUGAAACUUGGACGAGAUAUAACAAUUGAAAGUAAGCGGACAAUUUUUAUUUUACAUCGAAUUAUCAGUGAUCCAAACAAAGAUGGAGUACUGACUGAAGCAGAGAACAAAUUAGAUGUUGUCCGGCUGAAAAUUAAGCAAGUAGCUCAAGAGCUAGUAGGAGAAGAUCUAUAUCAAUAUCACAGAGCUUUUACGCCAGGACUGCAAGAGUAUGUAGAAGCUGUAACUUUCCAACACUUCAUUAAAACCAGAGGUCUGCUCUGUCUUGAAGAUAUCAACAAACCAUUAAUUUUUGAAGAAGAAAAAAGUGAUGUUAAAAGAACCUCAAUCGAAUUACUUGAUGAUCCAUUGAUUCCUGUACUUGAGAAGAAGCAAUCAAACCCAAAUAUCUUGAGUCUUCAAGUAACUCCUGUUGAUUAUCUGCUUGGCGUUGCUGAUCUCACAGGGGAGCUAAUGCGUUUGUGCAUUGGUAGUGUUGGAAAUGGAGACAUAGACACACCUUUUGAACUAGGCCAGUUCUUACGUGAAAUCUUCGAUGGAUUUUCUUAUAUUGGAAAUACUGGGCCUUAUGAGAUUUCAAGGAAGUUGUAUGCUUUAAAGCAGAGCCUAGCAAAAGUGGAGAAUGCUUGCUAUACUUUGAAAGUGAGAGGUUCAGAAAUUCCCAAACACAUGCUAGCAGAUUUAUUUUCGACCAAAUCUGAUUUAAUGGAACAUGAUGAAGACAUUUCUUAAAAUAUAAAGUCGUGUUGGACUAGGACAGAAACAAGCUGCUUUUGUUUUAAAAUGUUAAUUUACAAAAAUAAUAGAUAAAAAAAAAAAAAAAAACAGAAUGGGCUGAAUACCUUUACCAUAC